ACUGUGCUGGUACAGGUGUGGUACCCCAUGUCUGUGGCCACAAACUCCAGGAUCUACAAGCAGGUCCUCCACCACUACCUCAGCCUCACCCAUGACAACCUCCUCACUCUUGACUACUCACUGCAUGACUGUGGAUAUCGCGGUGUAUCCUCUGUGGAAACUGCUGCCAUAGGUGGUGCUGCCAACAUGAUCAACUUCAAGGCUUCGGAUACAGUGGCUGGGACGUGCCUGCUACGCAAGUAUUACCACGAAAAGACAGUUGGGGCUCACUCUGGACCCUUCUCUGAGCACUCAACUGUCACUUCCUGGGGCAGACACAGGGAAGCCGAUGCUCACAAACACAUGCUCGACACUUUUAAAGGAAGGACUUUUGGCUGUGUGAUCGACUCAUACGAUGUAUGGAAUUGUUGCGAGGAGAUUAUUGGAGACCAGCUGAAGGAACUGGUGAAGGAAAAUGGCAAGCAAGGUGGAUGCUUUGUGGUGCGUCCUGACAGUGGUGACCCUUGUACUGUGGUCCUCAAGUGCCUGGAGAUUUUAGGUCGUCAGUUUGGGACAGAGACCAAUAGUAAGGGCUAUAAGAUGCUGCCAUCCUACCUAGGGGUCUGCCAAGGUGAUGGCGUCAAUUAUAAUUCCAUUGGUAAAAUCUUGGACACGGUGGAGCGUCAUGGGUGGUCAGCAGCCAGUGUCUCGUUUGGCUCCGGCGGGUCACUUCUCCAGCGGCUGGACCGAGACACCCAGAAGUGUGCAUACAAGUGUAGCCUGGCAGUGGUAGAUGGGGAUGAGGUAGAGGUGUACAAGGAGCCCAUCACUGACAAAGGCAAGACCAGCAAGAAGGGCCGCCUCACCCUCCAGUGUGAAGAUGGAGUCUACACAACUGUUGAACAUGGCAAGGGAGACCCAGAGAAGGACCUGCUGGUGCCAGUGUUUGAGAAUGGGGAACUCUUGAAGGACUACACAUUUGAGGAAAUCCGCCAGCGAGCCCAGAUAACCCCAAAUGAAAUAGACAUACUCAAUUUCUUGGCUGAGGACAAGUAGGAGCCAGGCAGGUUGAAAACACAUGCGCUAAAGUAUAAUUUGGCAUCAUAUCUUGAUGCGAGUUUCUUAAUUGGAACAAUUAGUAGUAUUUACUAAUGUACAGUAUCAGCUUCUUACAUCUGUGCCCUAACAAGAUCAUUAAAUGUUUAAAGAAGU